UGAUGCUCGUCCUAAGUAGGCCGUGCACAUUUAAAUGUAACCCUUUCCUGUCCGUUCUUUAAAUACGUCCCCCAUGUUAUGAAAUCCACGGGGUUAAUGUGAAUGUAUUCAACUCUAGGAAAAAUAUUCCAGACAGAGCUGCCUUAGGUAAUGGCCUCCCCUUCACCCCACGACCGGAGUCGUCGCCCCAGCGACCAGGACCAGGAUGAGGAGGACCCAGUGGACCAGAUGAUCAGCAGGACAGGAUGUGGGGAGCUGCACUACGCCGUACAGGAGUGCAUGGCCGAGCACCAGGACUGGAGGAAGUGUCAGACUCAGGUCCAGACCUUUAAAGACUGUAUGAUGACCUUCCAGAAGGCCCGGAAGGAACAGCUGAUGAAGCAGAGGUCGUCUACAGAGUCGGCCUAGAAGAGCAUCGGGUGGUUUGGGUGUUUUCAUAUCUGGACUGAUAGAUACUGAGAUAUCAACGUUUUAAUUUUGCCGCUGACAUUAUAAUUGGUUAACGUGUCUAAAACAGUCCUUCCCAAAUGGUGGAUCGCAACUGAGAUUUUUUGGGCCACAGCCCAAGACUGGGUCCGUGCUGACUGGGUCCGUGCUGACUGGGUCCGUGCUGACUGGGUCCGUGCUGACUGGGUCCGUGCUGACUGGGUCUGUGCUGACUGGGUCCGUGCUGACUGGUGGUUCACAAGAUUACACAUAAAGCUGUAGGUCUCAACUCAUCAAGUUGUGGGAAAAGACAACGUUAAAACACCGUCACACUGCUUAGAGCACAGACUGUUUGUCACAGUAUUUGUUAUGACCGCAGAACCUUUUCUCUGACUGUUUUCCCUCCUGAUGCGUCAAGAUUGAUAACUGACAAUUCUCUUCUCUAAAUCAAUCAUGUGGUUUGGGGCUGUGUGUGUGUUGAAAAGCUACAACAUUCACAUUUCAUUCACAGCUUAUAAUUGGUUAAAGGGUGGAUGGGUGUGUGCUUGCCCUAGAGAGAGAGAGAGAUCAGUUUCUGUAGUGGUAGACUUAACAGGCACAUUUUAAUGUGCUUCUAUUCAUUUUGACAUUAAAACAAGUAUAUGUCCCCAUC